UUGGCUCGUCCUACACAGGUAUUGCGAAUUGAUUGCGGUCGCUACUUAACACCAAAGGAUGCAGAAAAUUUGGUUAUCAAAUUGGGUCCCCCUCCUGAACUUUGCAAGGUUGAAAAAUAUGUCUACUUUCUACGUCCAGAUGACGCACACAUACUCGCCUACGACAUAAUUGAACAGAAGUGGCAGCGACGCGCGCUAAAUAGUCGGAAGUUCCAAGGCAUCAUCGAGACACCAUUUCCAAUUAAACCAAUUGACAUCGCAUUCGGUCAGCAACGUGAACUACUUUUCGCCGAUGCGGAUGGCAAGUUGUAUGCAACACCAAAUUCACAACUGAAGAAGAAGUUGAAUAACGCUCCUCUCAAACUAAAUUCAAAUAAAAUCGCAAAAGAAUUCACCGAACAGCAGACGCAACAUGAAGAGGUGGUGGAGGUGAACGACAAAUCGAAUACUAUUGAGCUAGAGCUGCUGGGCAGCUUGUUGGGCCCCAGCAAGGGAAUGAUGGUAGAUAGCCGCACGGGAGCACUCUUCUAUGCAGUGCCUAAGUUUGGUGCAAUUGUGCGUUGCGACUACCAUCGCAACUUAACUGCAGAAGACAAUGAGAUCGUUUACUUCACUUCAAAGAACAUUAAACAAAUUUUCUUUGGCAUAGAGGGAGCAGUUUGGUUGCUGACAGACCGUGUGCUACAGCCGGAUGAUCAUUGUUUUGCGUAUUUUUGACCCGCUUGAAGACAUUUUCUAAAAAUAGCUAAUUACACGGUGCGACA